AUGGACGCUUCUUCCACUCGACCUUCUCAGCCUGUGACCCGCUUGGCCUGCAAUCGAUGCCACCAGCAGAAGCUUCGAUGCCACCGCAGUCUAAUCCCCGGUCAGCCCUGCGCUCGCUGUGAGAAUGCCCGCGUCGAAUGCAUUUUUGAGCCGCCUCUACGGCCGGGGAGACCCAGCACUCGUCGCAAGUCGCGCAGUAAACCAACGUCUCCCUCCAAGAGCGUCACAGCAUCGUCCUCUGUGACGCCCCCGAGGCACCAAGAAGAGGACCCGUCAGCGAACGAUCCGCCGGGAGGAUAUCUGUCGGAGCUAGAUGGACUGUUCGAGGUGGUCGCAUCUGAGUGUCCAAUGGCGAGCAGUAACGAUGACCAGGUCUCUCUCUCUCCAUUUCCUGAGCCCAGCCCCAACGAGCCAUUCGUCUCUCUCGGCUGCAGAUCUCCGUUGAAUAGUGGCCCACUGUGUAUGGCGCCUGACUGGCUCCAUCUUUCCGCCCCCAAAUCCCACUCUUCAUCCUUGUCGCAUGGAGAAACCAUCCAACCAACCGCCGCCAGUGCGAUGACGAACCCUUUUGGAACCACAACAUCCUCGUCCUCGUCAUCGUCGGUCUCGACGCCGUCCUUGCUAGCAGCAGCCGACGUCAACUUCUAUCGGCUGUCAGAACUGAGCAUGACGCUGCACGAGUAUCACUGCCAACUGGUGACCGCCCACGGAGCGCAAUCGGACUCCGUGGUGGAUCCGCCCCCAACCAUCGACCAGAUCCUCGCGGUCACCCAGUCGCUGGCAGAGAUCCUCUCCCCUGUUCCCUCACACCAUAAUCGCUCUAACAAUAACCUUCCCCCUAAUCACAAACCCCUCUGCCCAUGCCCACGCACGGAAAUGGACUUGCCCUUCCAUGUGGCCUGUCGAUCCUCGCCCGACGGCGCUACCGCUCUCCUGAUCCUCUCCUGCUACCUUCGCCUCCUCCACCUCUACAACGCAGCCCUGUCCAGCCCGUCCGCCGUCGCAGUGCGCCCCAUGUCUCCAGCAGGGAAUGGGAACGGGAAUGGGAUCGGGAUGCAACCGCUGCGCUUCCAGAUCGGCUGUUUCUCCACCCCCAUGACCUCGUCCAUGGCGCUUCUCGCGUGCGUGAGUUCGCAGCUGCUGGGCAAUCUCGAAGCCGCGCUCAGGCGCCUCGCUUCCAGUAUGGAUCCUUCGAAAGGGCCUGCUGCGGGCCGGGGUGAUCAACCCUGGCCUUGGGAGCCGGAUGCGGGCCCGGCGUCGAGUGUGAUGGUUAUCGCGCGCGCAGCGAUGUUGGAGGCGAGAACACUGCAGGCUAAUCUCCGGCAACAGCUACAUUUGCUGAAUUCUGUGUCUUGUCCUGAAUGA